AUGGAGCCAGAAAGUGACGAGCUGCUGGGCCCUGUGGAAAGCCCUUUUCCUUCUGAGACUUACAGAUACAACUUUUCCCAUACUAUGCAGAUAAAUGCUUUCAAUGUAAGAGGAGACCCCUUUCAUUUAUAUCCUCACACGCCUUUUGAACCCUGGCUGCCUUCUGAAGCUAAGUUUCUUGGUUCCAAUUAUGGGUUCCGGCCAGUAGGACGAGGUGCAGGUGGUGAUGGGAAGGAGUUUGGUGGUAACUCUCCCAGGGAACAGUUUACUAUUGUGAUGCUGACAUAUGACAGGGAAGUUGUACUGAUUCAAGCCUUGCACAGAUUUAAAGGUCUUCCUUUCCUCAACAAGGUUAUUGUUGUUUGGAAUGUGGAAAAUCCACCAUCUUCUGAUCUCCGCUGGCCUGAGAUUGGGGUUCCUGUUGAAGUAGUGAAAACGGGUAAAAACAGUCUAAAUAACAGAUUUCUUCCCUUUGAUGUGAUUGAAACAGAAGCCAUUCUCAGCAUUGAUGAUGAUGCCCACCUCAGACAUGAUGAAAUAGUUUUUGGCUUUAGAGUUUGGAGAGAGGAAAGGACAAGAAUUGUUGGGUUCCCUGGCCGGUUCCAUGCCUGGGAUGUGAAACACCAGUCCUGGAACUACAAAUCAAACUACUCAUGUGAGUUGUCAAUGGUGCUGACCGGAGCAGCUUUCUUCCACAAGUAUUACUUUUGGAGCUCAAAACACAAGCCAAAACGUUUCAACGCCUUACCUUUGGAAAGCCAUCACACUUUAUUGUAA